GUAGAACUUUGAUAUCAAUAAUAACUUUUGUUUUCAACAGGGCUUGUUUGAAGUAUAAGCAUACGUCAUAUUUUAACAUUACUCAGCUUGACAGAUGAAGUUCUAAUGGAACGACAACUGUCGUUCAUUCAGGAAAUACAUGCAAACCAAUCACGAAUACACGGGGAAAAAGUUUCAGUUCAAAUAGCACUUGGAUAAGAAUACCCUUCUACCAGGCUAUCAGUCAGAUUUAAAUUAUAUGCAAUUAAGAUAAAGAAAAUGUUUCUGUUCCCUCUAACAUUCGACUAAAAUAAACCGUUACAAAAUACGUUUAAAAUUAAAAAAUGAACCUAAAGUAAGAAACCCACAGCAAUGAAGCAUGAAAUAAAGACAUCGCUUGAGUAAUAACAAAUUAUUCAUAUUUUCUAAAUAUAGAAAUUCAUAAAUACGGAUAAUGUUUAAAUCAGACCAGUCUGAACAAAAAUGAACAGGUGAUUAGCACUAACUUACGAUAAAGGACGCUCAUAAACAAGCAUUUCAUGUAUACAUACUGGGCUGUAUCCUGAUAAAAAAAAUAGUUUAAUAUGGCACAGGUGCACGCGCCACAUCCUUUUGUGUGUAGUUAUACCAAUGACAAGUGUGCAUGUAUAGCCUGUCAGAGAAAUAUCGACACGGGUUGUCUCAGAAUAGGCAACCUCCGAGGUCAAGUCUCAGACUGGUAUCACCCUCCGUGUUUUUGGGAGAAGUGUCCUUAUAAACAUCAUGGACGAGGGACAAACCUUGACCGUUUGACACUUGUGGAGCUGUUCCACGGGUUUGAAAGUAUGUUAUCGCAUGACAAACUGAGACUUGAACAAGAGGCCUGUAAGCCACCAGAGAAAUUCAAACGAAACCAUCGCCAUAAUGGAUUGGUCGCCAGUGGAGACCAUGAGGUCAGUGCUGAUGGUGGGGACUACGAACUAGACGACAAUACGUUUGAUUUAACUAACUUAAUUUGCAUACACGUGUUCAGACAUAAUCUUGAUGUGUAUGUAAGCAUUCGGGAAUAUUUCAAACCUUCAGGUGCUGCGGUAGCAAAGGCGACAAAAGUAGGAAUCUGUUUGACGGCAAAGCAAUGGAACAAAGUUUGUCGAAAAAGAUUUGGAAUAGACAGUGCACUUAAAGCGAUAGGAGACAAGCCGACAAAAAAGAAAGCGAAAGGAAACACUGAUGAAAAAGACAGCGAUGACGAUGAUGAAGAAGGUCAAGUGGUGUUUUCACUGUCAUGGAAACGAAGAAUAAGUAUUUUCCGAACGAACAAGGAAGCUGUUGUUGACAUUCGGGACUUCUCGGAAGAAAAACCAUUUAAACCCGGAAACAGGGGAAUAACUCUAUCCAAAAUCCAGUGGAACAAAGUCAAAUCACUGAUCGAUUGUGUUAAUUGUUCAGUGCUUUUGUUAUCCAAGUAAAAUGACAUCAGAUGUGAAAUACCGCUUCUUUUUCACCACAAUAAAGCUACAAACAUGCAGUAAUGAGAAACUUUUUUUUUUAUUAAUAAAUAAAUUAAAACACCUGGGUAUUAUAACCUAGAUAGUUAAGUAACUGAACAAAUGACCCUACUAUUCUGAAGUAUUAGCUGGAGAAUACCAAAAAGACAACAGAACAAAAAAAAAAUGGCCGCUUUCAAAUAUCACCUUCGAAACGAGACCACAGGUUGGAUCAGAUUUGUUUAUGAAACGGGACUGACCUAAUGAUUUGACGUUACUUCUACAAAAUAAGUGGUGGGUCUCGGCGAGUCUUUUUGAGGAAAUCUCAAACAGACAUUCUCUGCCGCAUUUCUCCAUCAACCAUGAAAUCGUCAUUCCUUAUAUGCGUCAUUGCACAUGAAUUGAUUUCUUAUUUCUGCGUUCCAAAAUAAAACCGUACUGUUUUCCUGUAUACAUAUUGCCAAAUAUCAGUUCUCUUUGUUAAUGGAAUGC